UUGAUUGUUGUGGGUUGUCAAAGCCAAUUUGUAUAUUCUCCUAACUUUAGAAUGUCAGUGGCUGCUUACUGUAUAUUUUGCUAUAGACAAAUAGGAACUUCUGGUCCAGCCACAAAAACACACCUACCAUGGAAUGAUAUCAGAAAAGUUGCAAAACUAACUGGAUCACUUAUACUAGGAGGUUUUGUAUUCAUUACAUAUGAAGUCCUGUCCUUAAAGAAGUUACUGCAAAUCGAUACUGAAGCUAUACAUCAAGAAAAACUUAAAUCCUAUGUAUACAUACGUACAGCUUCUCUAAAUCCAAGUGAAUAUCAAGGGAUCACAUACCAAGCCAGAAAAGAAAUCCAUAAAGCUGUGAGGAAAAUUCUAGAAACAGAAGCUAAAAUUUUCCGGAGACCUUUUAACGAACAAUUCAGUACAUUUGAUGGAGAAGAUCAUGAAUGUGCCUUAUGGCUCCUCUUAAAGAGGAGUCAGUCAGAAGACAAAGAGGUCCGACUGCAGGCUGUACAAGACCUGGCAAGCAACAGUCACUGGCAUGAUUAUCAGUAUGGUACAGUUGCCCAAACCUGUGAUCAAAGGACCGCUAUAGGUUUGGCUCGAUCCAAAGACAUCGACCUUCGCUUUUUUCUGCCUCCGCCACCAUUGCCAAAAAUAAAGAAUGAUUAUACCAUAGAAGAUGAACUUCGCUUGUUGUUAGUAUCUUUACCUCAGACUGGUCUAGAUCCAUGUGUCCAGUACUUCACAUCUCUUGCUUUACGUGAAAGUAGUCAGACGCUCGCUGCACAAAGGGGAGGCUUAUGGUGUUUCGGAGGAAAUGGACUUCCAUAUUGUGAGACAUUGAGUAAAAUCCCUUCAGAGACAGUGGAGCUCUUUUGCUUGCAAGCUUUAGUACAGCAUUCUAAGGUUUCUUCUCACUGUGACAAAAUUGAAGCUAAAGGAGGCCUUCAGCUACUACAAAGGAUAUACCAGCUACGUAAAGAUUCAGCAAAAAUACAAAGGAACAUAAUUCGCAUUAUUGGAAACAUGGCUUUGGAUGAACGUCUUCAUUCAUCCAUAGUACGUGCAGGUUGGGUUUCUGUACUUGCUGAAGUAAUGAAAUCCCCACAUAUCAUUCAGUCUUCUCAUGCAUCCAGAGCUUUGGCUAAUCUAGACAGGGACACAGUGAAAGAAAAGUAUCCAGAUGGUGUUUAUGUCUUGCAUCCACAAUAUCGUAGCAGUCAGCCCAUCAGAGCAGACAUCCUUUUUGUUCAUGGGCUUCUGGGAGCAGCAUUUAAAACCUGGCGACAGCAAGAUAUUGACCGGCAUUUGGAUAAAAAGGCUUUAGAAGGGGAAGAGGACUAUAGUCAGUGCUGGCCAAAGACGUGGCUGGCUUCAGACUGUCCUGCCCUUAGAAUCAUAUCUGUGGAAUAUGACACCCAUUUGAGUGACUGGAAAGCAAAAUGUCCUGUUGAGGCUCACAGGAAGUCUAUUGCUUACAGGAGCAAUGAGCUUCUUGACAAGCUCAGAGCUGCUGGGAUUGGAGACAGACCUCUGGUGUGGGUGUCACAUAGCAUGGGUGGUCUUCUAGUCAAAAAGAUGCUGGUGGAUGCUUCCAAGAAUCCAGAAAUGGAUAAAAUUGUAAACAACACCAGAGGAAUCAUAUUUUAUAGCGUACCUCACCAUGGUUCCCAGCUGGCUGAAUAUUCUAUAAAUGCCAGAUAUCUUCUCUUUCCGUCUGUGGAGGUUAAAGAACUCAGCAAGGAUUCCCCUGCCCUUAAAGAGCUGAAUGAUGACUUCCUGUCUUUUGCCAAAGAUAAGAAAUUUUCAGUGCUGAGUUUUGCAGAAACCUUACCAACGCACAUAGGCAGCAUGAUAAAACUGCACGUCGUACCUCUGGAAUCAGCAGAGUUAGGAAUUGGAGACCUUAUUCCAGUGGAUGUUAAUCAUCUGAAUAUUUGUAAGCCAAAGAAGAAGGACGCUUUCCUGUACCAACGUACACUGAAGUUCAUCCAGGAUGUUUUAGCCCAAGAACUUGGAGACUGAGUUUUUGCCUCCAUUUGGUGUAACACAGUAAGUUCUUCUCCUAACAUUUGUUAGGGGAUCUGCAGAACUACAAAGAUGCUAUGUCAAUAGUAUCUGCUGCUAAAAUAAUUUUCAGUACAUCUCCAACU